UUCUAUUUUCUAUUUCUUAUUUAAUCGUAUUGUGUUUAUUUUAUAUUUUCUAUUUCUUAUUUAAUCGUAUUGUGUUCAUUUUCUAUUUUCUAUUGUCUACCGAGUCUCCACCAAGGAGAAAUCCUUCGGGAAGUUCGUUGGAUCUGGCCAACGAAUGAUGAUCAUUAAUUUGUACAAAAAUUUGAAGAUGGAACACCCAGAAUUGAGGUAUAGGCUCCUCGUGAAAUUAAUUUCGCAAAAACUUGGAAUUGGAGAACUGACAAUUUCCAAAACUAUCGCCGAGUUUAAAGCCACGGAAGAUGUGAGCUCGCCCAAUAAGAGAAAAAUACGCUGCAAUGUUUUAGAAAAAACGUCGGAGAGCGAUAUUCUUGUGAUACGCAGGAAGGUGCACGAAUUUUGGUUAAACAAGGAAAUUCCGAACGUGAGGAAAAUUUUAACUCGCGUAAAUGAAGACGCGAAUUUACCACCCUUCACAUACUCGUCUCUAUACCGGCUGUUGAAACGGAUGGAGUUUAAAUAUAUUGUUCGUGGGCGCAAUAGCGCCAUGAUUGAUAAGGAGUACAUGGUGUCGUGGCGCCAAAAAUAUGUACAUGCAAUACAAAACUAUGUAUAGGCGAAUGUUAGGCGAAAACUUUGGGUGGAUACAUCCGUCACCAGUCCCAAAAAUGCAGCUGAGAGGGGUCUCACAACAGGUAUACCGCCACCGGCAAAUAAAGGAAAGAGGCUAAUAGUAACCCACAUCGGGUCAACAGAUGGGUUUGUACCCGAAGGCCUCCUCUGUUUCGAGUCGAAAAAAAAUACUGCAGACUACCACGACGAAAUGAACGGCGAUACAUUUUUCGAUUGGUUUAGAACUUUUGUGCCCAUGCUACGAGAUGGGGCAGUUAUUGUAAUGGACAAUGCCCCCUACCACAGCGUUAAAAUUGAGAAAUACCUCAACAUGAGUUGGAAGAAAAAUGAUAUCAUUUCAUAGCUGGUGGGUAAGGGGGAAAAGGUACAGCCCCAUUAUGUAAAAGCACAAUUAUUGGAUCUCACGCGCAAAUAUAAGCGUGAAAAUAAUUAUGUUAUUGAUGAAUAUGCCAAACUACAUGGCCAUGAAGUAUUACGCCUUCCCCCUUACCAUUGCGAACUAAACCCCAUCGAAUUAGCAUGGGCAAGCAUUAAAGAUUACGUAAGAGCGCGAAAUACAAGUUACAAACUAUCUGACGUUAAGACACUACUAAUUCAAGCCAUCGAAAAUGUAUCGGCCGAGUCGUGGCAGAAUUUUAUUCGCCAUACGAUAGAAGAGGAGAAUAGGGUACGUCGACUCGACAAUAUUACAGAUAGCAUUUUGGAUGAAGGUGAUGAGUGGGAGCACCCAUUCGAAUCCGACAGCGAUAUCGACAGCGAGAUAGACAGCAACGUGUAACGACCCGCUAAGAAGACCCAGCACCUUUUUCAUUUCGUUUUUAUUAUUAUAAUUUAUUUUUAGUACAAAAUGGUUAAUUUAAUUUUUAU